AACGAGCCUUGUGGAUAGGCCGCGUAAGAGAAACCAGCAGAUGCACAGAGAAGCUGUGAAAAAUGGCGUCUUCAAUCACUCCGUCUUUCCAAACCAGCAACUUGAGAUCUGCUUUUUUGGGUGAGAGAAAUGGAAUCUAUGUUUCCAGCGUUCCUGUCACUCGUGUUGGAUUUCUGAGGAAGACUAUUGAAUGUAAGGAAUCGAGAAUUGGGAAGAAACCAAUUGAAGUGCCAUCCAAUGUGACAAUUACAUUGGAAGGCCAGGAUUUGAAAGUAAAAGGCCCUCUUGGGGAGCUCUCAAGGACUUAUCCACGAGAAGUGAAGGUUCAGAAGGAUGAGUCAGGCCUCCUAACUGUAAAAAAGGCAUUUGAAACUAGAAGGGCUAACCAAAUGCAUGGUUUAUUCAGAACUCUUACUGACAACAUGGUGGUGGGAGUAUCUAAAGGAUUUGAAAAGAGACUUCAAUUAGUUGGUGUUGGGUAUCGUGCAACGGUUGAAGGAAAAGACUUGGUACUCAAUCUCGGGUUUUCUCAUCCAGUUAGGAUGCCAAUCCCUGGUGACCUAAAAGUGAAGGUGGAAGACAACACCAGAAUCAUUGUUAGUGGAUAUGAUAAAUGCAACAUUGGUCAAUUUGCUGCUUCAGUUAGGAAAUGGAGACCCCCAGAACCCUACAAAGGUAAGGGUGUGAAAUAUGCUGAUGAAAUUGUAAGACGAAAGGAAGGAAAAGCAGGGAAGAAGAAAUAAUACUGGUAUUCCCCCACUUGUUUCAUUUCAGUUUUGUUUUUAUUUACUUCCUCAAUUCGUGCUUGCCAAUAUGCAACAUCUUCAUCUUAUGUACUGGCAAUGGAAGAAAUUAUCUACCAAAUGAAAAGAUAGCAGAAGAAAUUCCUUGCAUUUUUUUGUUGUUUUCUUUUCCUUCUGUGGGAAUUGAACAUGGUCAUGGUUGAAUGGAAGGUUGUUUCAGAAAGGGAAGAGCCGGUUGGUACUCUUGUAAUUUAAAAUUUUUGUCCAACUUCCUGUAAUCUGUCUUUCAUUAAGAAGAAACGUCUGAAGUGUGGAUGCCUCUUGUUUCUGAUC